UUUCUCCACACCCCCCUGCAUCCAGCACCAGUCAAACGAGCCCCCAGCAUAUAGCCUAAACUCCCCGUUACAGUGCCACAGAAAAGAUUACAGAGAAAAUAAUUUGUAAAUUGACUUUUACUUGCAGUUCCCCAUCUUUUAAUCAAAUUCCAUGCACUUAUGAAAGUUAAACUUUCACAUUUUUAGAGUAUCUUGAUUUUAAUUUUUUUUUUUUUCCUGUAUAUUUACAAGUAAAGCAUAGGGUGGCAUGGCUCAUCAGUGUCGUUGAGCUGUUUCAUUGGAAAAACAAAAGAGGAACCAAUAAGGACACUUCUGACUUGACACAGAGCUUUAAGGAAAUGACCAAAAAAACAAAUAAAGCUUUUCAAGUUUUACUUCUCUCUGAGUAGUUUUACUGAACUAAGCUGAGCAUAUGCUUUGCUUUAUUACCGUAAUGCACCGUAAUAACCGCGGUUUACCGCAGAGCACCGACGAGCUACAGGAAGCCGGCAGGUCAAUCUCGACAGAGGCUGUUUAGAUUUAGGACCUUGAGGAGGCCAGCGGCAGACUUACAGCUACGUGCAUCUGCCGAUAGCAGCGCGAUAAAGCGGCGGCGGCACAGAAAAGUUGAGCCACUGGAAUCGGACGAUGCGCCUUUGACGCACGGCCUGGAAAAAAAGCAACGAUGGGAGCUUCGCAGACGCGCUCCGAGCACAAGUACCAGGACCUGAUGGACAAGACUGGAUUUUCAUUGGAGCAGAUCAAAAACCUCCACAAUCGAUUCCAGCAGCUGAGUGGGAACGAGGAGACAAUAAGGAGGGAGAACUUGGACAACAUACCGGCCCUCGCCAAGAAUCCAAUCAGAAAGCAAAUUAUUGGCGCCUUCUUCGAUAAAAGGAACCAACAUCAGCAAGAGGUGGGCUCCUUCGAGGAGAUUAGCUUCGAGCAGUUCCUCAUGGUCAUGUCCCACUUCCGCCCUCCGACUUUGAAGACGACAGAGGAGGAGAAGGAAUCUAUGAGAAAGGAAAAGCUCCGCUUCCUGUUCAACAUGCAUGACACAGACAACGAUGGCACCAUCACUCUGGUGGAGUACAGGAAGGUAGUAGAGGAGCUUCUAUCAAAGAGUGGAGCCAUCGGUCAGGAGGUUGCCAAGGCAAUAGCAGAUGCUGCCAUGCUGGAAGUGGCGAGCACAAACGUGCCCCACAUGGCCCCUGAUGAUUUCUAUGAAGGAAUCACGUUUGAGCAUUUUGAACAGAUUUUAAAUGGGCUUGAAAUGGAGUCCAGGAUGCACAUUCGCUUUUUGGAUGUAGACACCACAACAGUGCGUUGCGGGAGGUCAACCUCUUGAAGAAGUCGUUCUUGUAACGAAAUUUUUAUGUUGCUGCUGUUUUUAGCAGAACCUCUCCGACCCUUAGAUGGAAUGAAGCCAAAUACUUUCGAUAUAGACUCAUAUUUUUGGACCGCGACACACAAUCAGACUUUUUCGUACGAAUUAUAAAGACCGUCUGCUGAUCCAGGUUUAGGUUUGACUAGAUGGUGGACGUAUUCUGACUCUAAGGACAUUUACUUCUACAGUUCACCUAUAAGCCUCAAAAAUUCAGUGUCAUGUUUUUCAGUCUUCAGGCGUUGUGAUCCCAAGAGUAACAAGUGUCACAUUUUCAAAGAAAAUUAGUUCCCUGUCUUAUGUCACGCUCCCAUUACUUUCAGUCAAAUUUCAAACUAACAAACUACCUCUCUCUGCAUUGUCCUGCUGGUCAAGAGAUUCACAUGUUAGAUGAAGUAAGUCAUGCUCGUUGGCUGCUCUGCUAUCCAUGGGUCAUCGGUUAUGGCUAACAUCCAAAGUGAGAGACUGCAGGCACAUACCAUUCCUCUGCAGCCCCAAAAUAGUUAGGUUUAUUUCAUCCAUUCCUUGGUGUCUAUGUAACAAUCCACUGCUGUUCUACCAUGAAAAUCCACUAUUUCUUGCCUGCUUUACACUUUACUCUCCCAAAGAAGAAGAAUUAUGUUAAUUAAUCAAAUAAAUUUAAGGCAUUGUGAUGAAACAAAUGCAUGUGUAAUAUGUUUUGUUUUUUUUCUUGACAUUUUUUAUUGCUGUGAUGUGUCACAGCAGCAUUGAUUAAAAUCCAGGGAACCAAACAUCUAUUAAAAAAAAUCAUUAAUUUUACAUUAAUGGUUUACAAGGCUGUGAUCUUGUACAACAUCUGAAAUCAGCAUCGUGAAGUACGAAUACCUAUGUAGCAGUUAAUAGCAGAUAACAGAUAACAUACAUACAUAUAUUACAUUUCCCAAAAAGCUUGAUUUGACUAGAAACU